CGGUGCCGGGGCCGAGCGGAGCCGGGCGGGCGCGGGGAGGGCUCAGGCGGCGGCGCCUGCGCGGGGCCAUCGCGGCGCUCCGCGAAGUUCCGCGGGGCCCGGGGAAGUUUGGGCUCGGCUCGGCCCCGGCCAUGGCCUUCCGCCGGCGGGCCAAGAGCCACCCGCUCUUCAGCCAGGAGUUCCUCAUCCACAAUCACGCCGACAUCGGCUUCUGCCUGGUGCUCAGCGUCCUCAUCGCCCUCAUGUUCGAGGUCACAGCCAAGACUGCCUUCCUGUUCAUCUUACCUCAGUAUAAUGUUAGUGUGCCUACAGCAGAUGGGGAGCUGGUCCAGUAUCACUAUGGGCUGAAGGAUCUGGUCACCAUCCUCUUCUACAUCUUCAUCGCCAUCAUCCUGCAUGCAGUGGUGCAGGAAUACGCCCUGGAUAAAAUCAACAGGCGUCUGCAUCUCUCCAAGGUCAAACACAGCAAGUUCAAUGAGUCAGGGCAGCUGGUUGCCUUCCACCUCACCUCUGUCAUCUGGUGCUUGUACGUCGUGGUGACGGAAGGAUACAUUUCAAACCCCCGGAGUCUGUGGGAAAACUACCCGCAUGUUUAUCUGCCGUACCAGGUGAAGUUUUUCUACCUGUGCCAGUUGGCAUACUGGCUGCACGCCCUGCCCGAGCUCUACUUCCAAAAGGUCCGCAAGGAGGAGAUCCCCCGGCAGCUGCGCUGCAUCUCACUCUACCUGCUGCACAUCGCUGGUGCCUACCUGCUCAACUUAACCCGCUUGGGGCUGAUCCUCUUGCUGUUGCAGUACUUGGCUGAGUUCUUCUUCCACAUGGCGCGGCUGGUUUACUUCACGGACGAGAACAACGAGAAGCUGUUUAACGUCUGGGCCGUCGUGUUUGUGGUCACCAGGCUCUUCACCCUCACCUUGUACAUCCUGGUCAUCGGCUUCGGGCUGCCACGUGUGGAGAGCCAGACCCUGGACCCUGAGAGAGGAAACUUCUUCAGCUUCCUCUUCAACAACAUUCUCUUCAGAAUGAGUGUGCUGCUGUUGGUGUGCCUCUUCCAGGCCUCGGUGAUGUGGCGCUUCAUCCACUUCCAGCUGCGGCGCUGGAGGGAGUACUGGAACGAGCAGAGCAGUCGGAAGCGAGCCGCCGCCCCUGCUGGCACCAAGCAGCAAACCAAGCUGCUCAAGAGGGACUCGGGUUACCAUGAGAACGGAGUGGUGAAAGCAGAGAACGGAACCUCACCUCGCACCAAGAAGCUCAAGUCUCCGUAGAAGCCAAGGGUUGUCUCCUGGGGAGGAGGGCGAGAUACCAGGACUGAGCAGCCCCUCCUCCUGCUCCUCACGAGCGGCAUCUUGAAAGGCUCGGAAUCAUCUUCCCAAGGUGUCUCUCGCUCUCCUCCCUUCCUUUCUUGCUCUCGUGAACUGUUUGCAAUAAAACCAAAAAGGCCCCUUUCCCCUUCUCCCAUCCCCCCUCAUAGGAACCCUUUCCAUCCCUCCUGGUUUUGCCUUUCCUCUGUUUGAUCGUAAACCAGUGUGCAAUUUUUUUUUUUUUUUUGUUUCUAUUUUAGUGUUUGGUUAUUUUCAUUAAUGGUUACAAAUGUGUCAUAGAUGGUUCCAAACAAUCCUUUUUUCUCCUACAGCAUGUUCCUCCCCUCUCUUCAUGGUGCUUCCCUGAGCCCCUGGGACAGGGCCACGACAGCUUGAAGGCACCAAAUGUGUGUUAUGGGAUCAGAUUCCUGGGGGAAUGUGCUGGGGCUGUGAGAUCUGAGGCUCAGGGGUGCUCUCAGGUGAGAUUGGGCACAUCUGGCCAGCGCUCAGCAGGAUGGUGAUGCUGCAAAGAGAGACCAGGGUCUGAUGGAGGAAGCUCAACCCUGUUUUGUCUCUUGGUGGACCUCCAGUUAACUGGGGUUUUCUGAACCCUGCUUUUGAGAAUUUUCAAGAGCUGGGCAGCAGAGAAUGGAGAGAACUUUCCUCUUCAUAUGGAAGGUCCACCUCCCAGCCUUUGCUCACCCCAGCUGGGUUUCUCUUGGUUGUCCAUAGUUACUCUGGGCCUCCCAGCCCCAAGAGCUGGGCCCAGGGCUCUGCAGCUCUCAGUAUUUUGCUAUGGGGCAGCAGCAUCCUCAGUUCCAUGUGAAUCCUUGAGGCCUGCCCUGCUCUGAGUGCUGGCCUGGCUCCUGUCAGCCCAGGCCCUUUGCCAGCUUGUCUGUGCCUCGUGGAUCUGGUGUUCUUGUUGCUCGUGACCACAUCCAGGUGACAAACUGAUUGCUGCAAAGGGUUUUUGCAUCAGUGGGACUGUGCCCCUCAUGCUGUCACCUCAGCCUUCCUCAUCCCUACCACACCAGUCCAGCCGUGCCAUCGGCAGCCACCAGCUUCACUCUUUGUUUCCAAAGGAUACAGCUCUUGUAUCCACCCAAGGUGCUAUCAAAUCCAGGGCUUCUUCCAAAAAUCCUAGCCCCUCCAUCCCUUUCUGAGCUGUGAAUGAGAUGACAGGGAGGGAAGGGGAAGGAGGCCGGGGCUGCAAGGAGCAGCUUGAAUUUUAGGAAAAGCCUGGCUUGUGACAUGUAGCUGUUGGCAGAUGGAAUUGUCUCAAAUCUACCUCAGAGGCCAUCUGUUGCUGCAGACCACUUCCCCCUCUUGCUCCUGCCCGCUGCCACCUCCACGUGCUGGCAGGAGAUUUUGUGGAAAGCCACAUCCCACCGGACUGAUCUCUUGCUGACUCUGCUGGGGAGCAGCACCUGCGUGGGGUUUCGUGGGUCAGUGCCAUCUCACUGGGCUUCUUUUUGGGGUGCUGUGCCAGGCUAGGUUGGGCAGGUGAGCAGUAGUGGCACCUCUGUCCCCACA